UCUGUUCUGUACCUUUUGUGAAAACUGAAAAUAUGGACUUAUUAACCUGGCUGAGACAGGAGGCCCAGCGGAAGAAGAUGAUCCUGGUUAUUGUCUUUCUCGCCUUGUUCCUGGAUCAUAUGCUACUAUCAGUGGUUGUGCCCAUCCUUCCAAAUUACCUGUACAAGAUUGGCAAGGCUCCUACCACCACUCCUGGGAACAGCACCGACUUAACAGUGAAUCCUCCCAUCAACCAAUCACUGAAUAAUAGAUCGGUGAUUUUGGGCUCCACAUCUGCACCUCCACACCAGACCCCAGCUCUCUCUAGUAAUCCCACCGUGGCCCAGAAAUUCCCAGAGUCAAACUGCUCUUACACAGAUGCUCAUCUGGAUGAGGUCAACAUCAAAGUAGGACUUCUGUUGGCCUCCAAGUCCACCAUACAGCUCAUCAUUAACCCCUUCAUGGGGCCACUUACUGACAGGAUUGGAUAUCACAUCCCAAUGUGUGCUGGUUUCUGCAUAAUCAUCUUUUCGACUACCUUGUUUGCCUUUUCGUCUAGCUUCAUCUUACUGCUGCUGGCCAGAUCAGUGCAAGGUGUGGGUGGAUCCUGCUUGUCUGUGGCAGGAAUGGGAAUGCUGGCUGAUGGGUACAAAGACGGCAAGGAGAGAGGGCGUGCAAUGGGUAUAUCAUUUACUGGAUUGGCUUUAGGAUUGAUUGCGGGGGCUCCAUUUGGCAGUGUGAUGUAUGAGUUUGUUGGCAAAAUGGCUCCAUUCCUGGUCCUAGCUGCCGUUGCUGUGUUGGCUGGAGGUUUACAUGCCCUCGUCUUUGAACCAUCGCGGGUUCAAACAGAGAUGGAUAAAGGGACUCCACUGCUGACUCUCCUGAAGGAUCUGUACAUUCUCAUUGCCGCUGGAGCCAUAUGUUUGACAACUCUGGUUAUUGCCACAAUAGAAACAGCCCUUCCUAUCUGGAUGAUGAAGACCAUGUGUGCUAGCAAAUGGCAGCUAGGCACGGUCUUCUUGACAGACAGCAUAUCCUACCUCGUUGCAUCCAACAUCUUUGGUCACCUGUCGCAAAAAUAUAGCAGAAGUUGGCUAUGUGCUUGUAUCGGAAUGAUCCUAGCGGGAAUAUCCACCAUUGCUUUUGGAUUUUCCAACAACAUCUAUCAUGUGCUUGUUCUGAAUGCAAUUGUUGGCUUUUCAGUUGGCACAGUGGACUCAUCAAUAAUGCCUCUCAUGGGUAACUUGGUAGAUCUGAGAUAUGUGCCGGUAUAUGGCACAGUUUAUGCUAUUGCAGAUGUCGCAGUCUGCAUCGGCUUCUCCUUGGGUCCAGCUAUUGCAGGUCCGAUAGUGAAAUCGAUUGGCUUCCACUGGCUCAUGGCCAUAAUUGGAACAGCAAAUAUAAUCUUCUCUCCGCUCUGCAUCUUCCUUUAUAGUCCACCUUGGCAGGAGGACCAUUUGUCGAUAUUGAAAGGAAAUUAAAGAAUCUCAGCCUGAGAACGUGGAAUCACACUGUUUGCAGAUUUCAAUUCAAGUAUUCUUACCAUCUCCAAGGUGUUGCCCUGUAUGGAAAACUUCCCUCCUAAUGAGAAAGACCCAUACUAGCAUCAAGACCCGAUGGAUGACAGCAUUGGCUUAGUGCAGAGUGAAUGUCUUGACAGCUAUCAAAUGGCCUGCCAUUAUAUUUAAGAGUAAC